AUGCCUAAUGCAGCCCCAUGGACACCAGAAGAAGAUGUCUACCUGUGCCACGCAAACACGAACGCGUCCGAAGAUGGCGACACGAGUACCGACCAGUCGUCGGCGUUGUUUUGGGACUGCAUUAGCGACGCAUUCGCGCAGCAAGCAGGUUCAGAAAUACUGAAGUCGACCGAGAACGAGCUUGAAAAUGCAAAUAACUUUGAGGAUGAUAUUAGUGAAGACGAUGCAUUUGACGCUGACGACUUUUCGAGGGCAGGAAUCGCAGAAGAGAUAGCUAGUUAUCUCUUCUACGAUUCCAGGCGCCAGUAUCUGACUCCACAAACGGGAGCUGAAAUCACCGAGUGGAUCACAAAAAACUCCGAACCAAAAUCCAAAAGUAGUCAGGGUCAGACUACAGCAAUUAGACUGAGGAGUUCUCCGCGAAUCCCUACCAACGCGGACCAGAUCGACAGGAGGCGCGGAAUCCACCACAAUCUCAAGCAAAUUGACAUCUCGUAA